GCGGGGAGUUGGCCUUUGGACGGAUGUCCACCAGCCUGCCCCCAAUUGCUGGCAUCUGAAAUAAAGCAAACUUUCCUUUCUACCAACUUGGCCUGCUUAUUGGCUUUUGAGUGGCAAGCAGCUGGACCCCCCAAGCAUACCUUUUGGUAACAGAUUUUGGUGCCCAACGUGGGGCUGGCUACUGCUGGCUUCUGUGCUUUCAUGAUACCUGGCUCUUCUGGGUCUUCCAGGGGAAAACUGUGGCUAUGAUACUGUAUUAGCCUGCUGCUUGAAGCUAGGCAGCCCCAGGUAGGGGAUUUGGGGGAUGUUCCUACCAGCUACUGAAACUAUUUGUUUUGAGGAUCCUCCCUGUUUCUCCCCUGCUCGGCACUGGCUGCCAACUUACGCUUUUCUUGGUGGAAUGGAAACUUGCAUUUGGGGUGAGCUGCCGACCUCCAAGACUGGCUCUCAGACCUCACUCCUGUACAUCUCCCCAGCAGGAAGGAUGGCCCAGAACACGCUGACUGUGAAUGGAGUUGAUGUGGGCUCUAUGCUCUCCCAGCCCACCCACAUUGACAUCCACAUUCACCAGGAAUCCGCUUUGACACAACUGCUAAAAGCUGGGAGUUCCCUAGUGGAGCGUCUGUCUCACCGUCCUGCCAAGGCCAGGAUAGGCUAUGGACAGCUGGCACUAGGGGUGACCCAGCUGUUGCUCGGGGCUAUCAGCUGUGCUCUUGGUGGGCUUCUCUACUUGGGACCCUGGACUCAGUUGCGUGCCUCAGGCUGUGCCUUGUGGGCAGGGUUUGUGGCCAUUGCAGCAGGAGUUGGGGCCAUUGUCCACGAGAAGCGCCGGGGCAAACUCUCAGGCUGCAUAUCAGGUCUGCUCACCCUGGCUGGCAUUGCCACGGCCGUGGCUGCUGUCGUCUUCUGUGUGAAUAGCUUCAUCUGGCAAGAUGAUGGCUUCUAUGACAUCAGCUCUGUGUGUGAUUCCUUAGUCCCUGUCACCCCCACCUCUUGGUACCAACGAAGAAGUUCCUAUUCAUCGUGGGAGGAGGAGAACUGCAGAAGAUACAUGCAAAUGCUGAUGGAUUUGUUCCUAGGAAUCCGUGCUCUGCUCCUGGCUAUCUGUGCUCUGCAGGUCAUUGUGUCCUUGGCUUCCCUGGGCGUGGGUCUUCGAAGCUUCUGUGGCCAGAGCUCCCGGGCCCUGGAUGAGGAAGGGUCAGAGAGGAAUCUGCUGGGGGAGAAUUCAGUGCCCCCCUCCCCCUCCAAGGAGAAGACCACGGCUGUCAUUGUCCUGUGAGCAGCCAGAGACCCUUGCCUGGACCCUGCAUGCCCCUCCCAAGUCGCCCAGGGCCCCUCACCGCCCUGUCCCACAGACUUGCUUCCUGUGUCCACUUUUCUUCUCCCCACCCUCACCUAUUGUGGCCACUCCAGGGUCUUCCAUUCAGUGAACAGGUAUUGUCACGUUUCCCCCAGUGCUGAUUAAACAGAAGCAACCCCAAAGAA